AUGGUCACGGAGGCACCUUCGAGGCACUCGGGGGCCCGAGGAGCCCCCAGAAACUCCCGGAAAAUUCCACCAGAGCAUGUUGCUGCUACAGCCAGCAACAAGGGCAGCAACAGCAGCGGAAGCAGCGACACCCUGAGCAACAGCAGCCAAACCAGCGACAGCCGAAGCAGCAAGCAAGAUGGAAGAAAGAGAAGCAGCCGCAGCUGCUGUCCUUCUGCACGAAACAAGUGGCUGCUGCAGCCGCUGCUGCUUCGCGCGCAGCAGGUGUUCGCUGCAGUUGAGUCGGAGCUGCAGAAAACACUGCAGCAGCAACAGCAGCAUAUCGCAGCUACUGCGGUACGAGAUCUUCAAGCGUUUGCCGACCUCCUGUCUUCGCUUGUUUGUAGCCAAGGGAGCCCCCACGAAUUGCUUCACGCGGGGCCCUCAGAGGGGCUCCUGAAGCAGCAGCAACAGCAGCUCUCAGCAACAGCAGCAGAGGUAGCUCCAGCACCCGGCAGGGAUGCGAGCUCCCCCUCAGCAGCAGCAGCAGCACCAGCAUUAACGCCAACAUCACCGACAGCAACGGGAGCGGCCGUGGUGUGGUAUUCUUCAACCCCAGCAACUCCUGGCGCGCAGCUUCGUAGAUCGCAGAGGGGUAGCUCCCAGCAGCAUGAGUUGCAGCCGCUGUUGCAACUGCAUGAGGAGGAGGAAGAGGAGCAGCAGCAGCAGCAGCAGCCUAAGCUGCAGCAACACAUGGACCUCUCGGGCACGGAACGUGCCGAAAAAAGGCGGAGAGCCCUUUCUAAACAGGCGCAAGCAGCUGAAGGAGAUCCACCAGUUGCUGGUGUUGCUUUGACUGCUGCAACGCCAGCAGCAGCAGCAGCACAUCAGAGCAAACGGCGACGAGAGAGUCCGGGAGAUGACGGCGCUGCUCCUACUCCUGUGGUGGCCGGUGCAACUGCGGUUGAGCCACCGGCUGCAGCAUCGGCAGCUGCAGCUGCAUGCGUGCAGCGGCCAGCUGCAGCAACGAUUCAUCCCACGCCGCCGCCCACUCAAGCACCAGGAGCAGUGGCAGCGGUGGCACCUCCUCCUCCUCCUCCGCCUCCUCCCCCCCCGUUUGCUGCAGUUCGGCCCCCACCUCCGCCCCCUCCCUUACCGAGUUGGGCUGCUACCGGACCGACAGCAGCAGCAGCAGCAGCAGCAGUGAACUCACGGCAAUUGAGCGGAGGUGCUGUUGCAGUAUCAGGCCUUUCUUCGGAGGCCUUGGAGGCGUUGAAUGCACUCAGCGAGAAGGAGCGGGAGGAGACAAUUGAGAUUCUGAACGCACUGUCGCUUCCGCUCCUUCAGGCGCCAACUCAGGAGCAAGCGGAAGACCCUUCAGGAGCCGUCAGGGGCUCAGGGACCCCCACAGUUCCAGGGGCCCCCAAAUGCUCGGGGUCUCUCAGCCCUGCCGAUUACCCGGAUAGUGGACUGGCCGAAAAGGCGGUCUUGAGCUCCAGGCAGCAGAAGCAGCAGCAAGAAACGUUGCAGAGGCAGUCAAGUGCAUUCAAGUGUUCAAGCAACGCAACCACUCCCCUGGCUCCUAGGAUACCCCUGGGUUUUGAGGGAACAGGAGCAACCCCGGGGGCCCUUUCGCAUGUAUCAAAAUUGGAGAGUCGCAGAACAGCGGAAGGUUCUGAUGCAGAAGAAGGAGAAAUUUCCGACUACGGCCCUGAUAGGCCAAACACCUUGGAACCUCCUGCGGCGCUUGAAAACGCAACUGGUGAGCAAGCUGGAGAGGGCCUGACGACCAUGCAGCAACAGCAACAGCAGCAGAUAAGGAUACCCCGUCUUUCGAGAGUAGGCGAAGGCUCCCUCCACCGCGAGGGUGGUAGCUGCAGCAGCACGGUUGAUUUGGGGGAGUGUUGGGGUCCCUCCGCUGCUGAGGCUCCCCUGUCUUCGCAAGGGGCAGGUCCCCCCGACUCCAGUUUAUUGGAUGCGUUGAUUGCGGCGAGGCCCCUUUCUUCGGAGGCUGUGUUGUGUAAUUUGUACAGCUUAAAGAAGUGCGAGGCGGCGCGGCCGCAGCCACAGCCCCAGCGAAAGCCAAAGAGGAGAACCCAGGAGGCUCAGGAGAGGCACCGCCAAAGAUGGGCAGAGAUACAGCAGAGGAGAGCCCAAGCAGCAGCUAAGAGACAACAAUUGAAGGGGAGUCCCUUCGGAAAAGAGGGAGACGGGGGCAACUGCAAUUCGGCACAGCCAUCCCAACUGCCGUUCACCCCGUUAACUCCCUGCUAA